UCGAGGCUCAGUGACCGUUAGUGAGCCCGAGUACCCGUAUCGCCGACGAACGAGUGCCCCCUGCUAAUACGAAAUUGUUAUGACGGCGUACCUGUUCGUGAAGUGACUCGUGUGCGUUUCCAGUUCCUCGCCCUCCGAGAUGGUACAUCGACGCCAAAACGUUUGACACCCGCUCGGAUUUCUCUCGCCCAAAUGUGAUAUGUGACAAGGUGACAGGACUGAGCACGGAUCUAAGAUGAACUCGUGCUUUCCUCCGUUGGCCGCCCUCAGCCUCCACGGGCAGCCGCCCAAGUCGCAACCGGAGAGGAUCGAAAUCCUGCAGGACCUCGAUCUCUACUACAUAAAACAGAUAGCGCACAAUUUAAAGGAGCUCGAUCUGGAGCAGAAGAUCGAAGUGGAGAUCAAAAUGAGAGAAGGAACGACGAAGCUGCUAGCGGCAUGUAAACACCAGACUCAAAGCUUGGAGGCGGCCAAGUCUCUCCUCACUUCAAAUGAAAGAAUGUCCGCCUACAUGGCAGAGCUCCAAAGGAGGAAAAGGCAGCAGAUACCUAAGCCAGCAGGAUGUAAGGCUAGGGUGUGCCUUUCUGACCUAAGAAUGCCUCUUAUCUGGAGAGAUACCGACCAUUUCAAAAACAAGGGUGACUACAGGCGUUUUGCUGUCUUCUGCCUUGCCAAAAUCGGUACCGAGAUGUACGACACGUCUCUCCUCUGUCCCGUCGACAGAUCACUCACAGACCUCACUUUCUCUGAUGUUCUAGUCUUUAACCAAGUACCUUCAGACUUUACAUUUACACUUGAAGUAUAUAGCCACAUGUUGAGGGACGAUAUGUCAAUAGCAAGUACAAGGAGGAAAAUUAAAAAUACAAUACAUACAUCUAUUAGCAGAACUGUAGGGAAAAAAUUGGCCGCUUCUUUAAGAGAUGAGCUUAAUUCAGGAAAAAUAGGUCCACAUUUCGAACUGAUGGCAUCAGCUCGACUAGUGUUAGAUGAUGUUAAUGAUGUUAUAAGAACACACGAUCUUAAGUUAGAACACACAGACGUCCGAGGCGGUGAUGCUUUACCACUUUUUGGACAUUUCUGUUGUCGACUUGCUGCCCAGCCAGAGUGCAUGACGAGGGAUGUGAUCUCGUCGAGUCAUACCAACGGAUAUGUCAGCUUACAAGCGUUUAACCUUAACUUCUGGAAGGACAGGCAACAUUGGCUCCAAGGCAAUUUACCAUUAUUUAGAACACCUGUCAAUAAGGAAACACUUAUAAAAUGUACAAAACAUGGAAACGAUAUUAUAAUAGUAAAUGAAAUCGAGGGGAAAGAAGAGACCAAGACGAUAAAGCUAAAUUCGAAAGAAGAUAAAGAAAUGUGGCUUGAAUAUCUAGCUGCUCACAUAAAAGACCACGAAAGGUGGAAGAUAGCAGCUGAAAAAGUGAUGGAUAUCUACACGCCAGGCACUGGAAAGAACAAUUUCCAAAGGACGUACAGGCAAGGCUCAUUGUACGAUGAAACGCCGUUAAUUGAUACAAAUGAAAGCAGUGAUUAUAGGCCGACGGUGCAUGAUAUUUUCGGCCUGACGCCUUCGACCAGCCUCAGCUCUUGCUCGUCAUCGUCUUCGCCUACAUUCAGAGAGCGGUCUCUGAGCUCGGGGGGUAGCAACAAAUCUCGAACGCGUUCCCAUUGGCCAUUUUCCAGAGGAAAUCAAGAUUGAAUAAUAAAUGAGUGAUGUUUAGAUAUUGUAAAUAAUUAAUAAUAAAAAAAAAGUGGUCUUUCUUCCUGAAACUGCUAAACGCUUUUGUGCAUUUGUGAACCGCUCUUUUUUGUUUCUUUUUUUAUACAUAUAUAUCUAUAUUCUUUAUAUUUGUUCAAA